CCAGUUUACGCACCCGUACCUGUACACAUGCUGUGGAACCUGUGGAGCGCGUAACGUCUAACUUGCCUUCUUCGAUUGAAACAACUGUGUGUUACGACAAUUUUGAGUAAUGGCAGAUGAGCUGAAGAGGAUUAGGGUUACGUUUGUGGACAGCGCGAACAGAGAACUGAUCAAGGAGCUCCUGGACGGCCUUUUAGAGGAUGGUGUCUUGAAUGAUGGCCAGAAGGACUCAAUUCUUGAGGAGAAUCCUAGCACAAAAGACAAGGCACGGGCUCUCAUUGACACAGUUAAGAAGAAAGGAGAUGCAGCCAGCAACAAGAUGAUCGCUCUCCUUCUAAGCAAAGAUCCAACACUUCAUGCUGCACUGGGUCUUUCCUCUGAGAAACCUGCUCAGCCAGCUGCAGCUCCAGAGCCACAGCUGGGGCAGGACGGUUCAGGCACUCUGAUUCAUUCCACCAAGGACUUCUGGAAAGGGAAACAGGGUCGAAGAGAUACUUACCCUGCGGACAAAGAAUCCAUGAGGCAUCGUGUGGCCCUGUUAAUCACCAACAUAAAGUUUACUGAUACGAGGUUUGACAGAGCGGGAGCUGAUAGGGACGAGAAGAACAUGCUCAAACUGCUCGAUACAUUGGGAUACGAAGUGGUGACACACAGAAACCUCACGGGAAAGGAAAUUGAUGCUGCUGUGAUUGAGUUCUCCAAACAUGAGAAACUGAAAAAGACCGACAGUGUGGUGGUGGUGAUCAUGUCUCAUGGGAAACGGGGAGCUGUCCUCGGUGUUGACUGGAAAGAAGACAAACCUGAUGAGUUUUCCAUCGACAACAUUUACCUUCACUUGGAUUCGAAGGGAUGUCCCGCGCUGCUGGACAAACCCAAGAUCAUCCUCAUCCAGGCCUGCAGAGGAGUCAAGGAAGGAUCAGUGGAGGUUGAAGACGGUUUGUCCUGUGAUGAUGCCUCACUCUAUGCUGGCCAUGAAGACUUUGAGGAGGAUGGUUUCCGAAUUGUAAACAAAGAGAAAGAUUUCCUUGCUCUUCUGUCCAGCACCCCUGAUACUCCCUCAUACAGAAAUCCACAGCUUGGGUCUCGUCUCAUCCGUUCUUUUGUGGCGGUAGUGAACACCUCUGCAGACGUGGAUCACAUUGAAGAACUAUGCAGAAAAGUCCAGCAACGCUUCGUGGACUUGGAGAUCACAAAACAGAUGCCGACCAAAGACAGGGGCACUCUGAUAAAGCACUUCUACUUCUUUCCAGGCAUCUGAGGUGGAUUUACUGUUGUGUCCCUGUUGUGCCUGGUAGCCAUGGCAACUGAAGAGACCUUCUUUUACUCUUGGUGUUUGACUCUUCUAAAGUAGGGGUGGUGGGCCUUUUACAUGUCUGUGUCCGGGGGCCUUUUGUCUAAUAGUUCAUAUUUGAUGAAUCCUUUAUCAAUAUCAUCAUUUAUAUGUUUAUAUAAUUGGUUGUGUGAAAGCCUUUUAAAGAAUGGCACACAAGUGGUGGCAUUUAUUGACCAUCAGGGACUAUUUUAGGGAUUAGGGUGCGUCAUUAAUGUCACUUAGCCUUUUUUGGAACGUAUGUGUAAUAUUCAUACGGAAUGGGUCUUUACUUUUUAUGGUUUGUAUUCAUUUUGUCCAUGUUUUAAAAUACAAAUAAACUUGACUAUCUCUAAA